AUGGCGGAAGUUUCAAAAAAAUCACACAUCAUACUGAUUCACGAGAUUGUAAAGUACCACAUUCGCAGAUCCAGCCCCGAUUUACUUUUAGUUUCCAAAACUAAACCCAGAGGUCUAUCGCAGUCAAUUACACAUUCUUCCAUUAUCAACUCGUUGGAGGAGCAGGGUUACUUCCUGGGCUCCCGAAUCGUUUCCAGGUACGAAUCCGAUUCCAAUGUAUUGUUUGACAGGCUGACCGUUGGGAAGGGCAGAAUCUGGGACCCUAACAAGUGUAUGAUAUUCAUCUGCAGGGAGCUGUGGAUCUACUUGUUCGGGAAGCAGGCCAAAAGGCUCCAAUCAAACAGCCAAGGAAUAUACAUUGUGUUUUCGGACGAGCUGUACUGGCUCGAGAACCUGCAGUUCAGCUACAAGAGGCUGGACGACCGGAGUGAGAACCCGUCCUUCGAAGACUACAAGGACUUCUACCUGUCCUUCAUCGCGGGGGUGUUGCGGGGAGCGCUCAAGUCACUCGGGUUUGCGUGUUCGGUCACCGGAGAAUAUAACAUACCAUGUACGCCACUCACAUAUCUAGAUUAUCGAUUUUCGCUCAUCAUUGCCUUUAGACAAGUUCACGUUCCGGCUGGUCAACUAGAGCCUGCACGAGGGCUCUUCGUUGCGGGUCGCUCAUCUUAA